AUGACCGACUUGACGACCACUAUGACCACUGUCGCGGUCACGACUACCGGCGCUGCGACCGCGACGACCACCACUACGACCACCGCGACCGCGACGAACACUCCAACCACCACCACCAUGCCGUCGUCGGUAAGACCGAACGACGGAGUCGGUUCGCAGACGGCGGCCGCGGCUGCUUUGGCGACGUCCACGUCCACUUGUACGGCCGCGGCCAUCGCCGACGCCUUCGACAUAUUCGACCACGGCGGCAACAGGACAAUCGACGUCCGCGAACUCGGCACCGUACUCCGGUACUUGGGCAAGUAUAAACAGCUCGCCGAGACGGGAGCAUAGAAUGAUGGUUAGGUUGUUUAAAACCGCACAAUACCGUUACUGGUAUACUGCAACAGCGCGAAUCUCGGGUUUUUUUUUUUUUUUAGUUUUACAGAAUGAUAAAAAAAAAUAACAUUGUUGAAACUAUUUAGUCCCGCUAUAUGUUAAACACUGGUAAUAUCUUAAAAUUGAUAUGUGUUUUGCGUUACAUCUACUUUAGAUAAAAAAAAAAAAAACGAAAUUAUUGUCUCGUGUUAUUGACUCAGAUACGAUACUAGGGUUUGACAAGAGUGGUGUUAAUAUAAAUUAUAGAACCGAAAAUAUUGGGAAACACUUGUUUUAAUAAUAUCGAUAAAUAGACAAUAUUAUUUUAUCAAUUUUUGUGAUACGUUGUGUUGUAAAAAAAGUGACGAUAUACCGAUAUAAACAUACGAUAAUAAUAUGAUAGUAUGGUCAUAGAUUCAUCUGCGGUCCUUUUUUACAUUUGUAGAGCGUUUUUUUUUUUUUUUAGCUCUUGAAAAUUGUUUCAUUAAUAGUUCGUGAUAGCAUUUGUGUAUAUUUAUAAAAAAAAAAAAAAAAAUGGUUUAACUUGAAAAUUCAAAAAACUAAAUCGCACAAGAAAAUUCGUUGAAAUAAAAAUUUGAAACUUAUGCCAUUCAACUACGGUUUUCCUAUACUAAUUACUUUAAGCAGAAAAAAAAAAAAGCGGAGACGAGGUUUUCGGAACACUGUAAUAAUAUUUAAUUACCUAGCGUUUCAUAAUAAAUGUAUACGCCGUUAAGUCUGUGAAACUAUUAAUUUUGUCUGCACGGGUAAAAUAAUAACAAUCGACCGCAGGUACCAAUUAUUAAGUUAUAACGAUAUUUCCAUCUGCAGUAAUGCAUUUUGCUUGCAUAUUCGUCCGUAACACGACGGUUAAUAACCGCGCAUUCUGCAGUCGCGUGUCUCGGAAAAUGUUAACUGAAUUGUUAUUACAAUAUUUCAAAGGAUGAAACGUUUUGCCCGCAGAGGUUGAAUAAUAAUAAUUUUAUGCGUAUCCCGAGCAUAAUGUAAUGGAAACUUCAUACGGGUAAAAGUGCCUUGUUUACGUGUGACGAGCUCUCGGCCGAGAAACUCGUUUUGCUGUUCGGCAAUGGUCGUACGAAUUCAUGUUGAUUACGUAUUAAUUAUUUACAGUAAAAAAUCGUGUGUUUUUAGCGGUGUAGGGGGUUAGAGAAACGCAUUUCAUUUGGUAUUUGCUGGGCUGAGUGGCCCCUGGGAAGUCCAACUAAAGCCCCGUGAGUACGUCUACGUGAUAUCCGAUUUCUCGUCCGAAUCCGUUUCCUGUUUCCCGUAUUCGACUCGUCUCUUGAUAAAUCCAUUAUCAUCGGCAUGAGUUUAUUGAUGUUUUCCAUAAAAGCUUGUUUUGCUUUGUGAUAAUGGUCCACACUUAUUUGAAAUGUAAAUAAUGUAAUAAAUGUAAUUUAAAUGUUUGAUUAAAUAAUGCAACAAACGACUACACUGCCGAAUUCACAGCUACUCGGUAAUCGGUACACGACUCGACGGGCAGUUUAGACACGCUGAGCACAGUACAUCUUGGUAAUGGGGGCAGCACUACUCGGCCCAGCAAACAGAAACAGUUUCUAUUCGCUCUCUCGCUCAUUUCACUCGUCUGAUCACUUGGCCGAGUACCGUACCUUGUUCAAUAUUGAACACACAGAAAAAUACAAUCAUACUCAACCCGUAAUAAUUACGUCUGUACACUCAGGACGGCGUCGGCAAGCGCCACACGGCCGCGUAUCGCAAAACCGUGUUGAUGUUAUUUAGGUAUUUCUAAUAACUUUUAUAAAAUACCAUACACGACGUAAAUUAUCAUAAUAUGUUUUCAUUUUAUUUUGCUGUGAACGUCUUGAACGUCAAUGAUACGUCGUUCGAUUUUUUUCGUUUUUAAUUGUUCGAUUAUUGUAUGUAGUGCCCGUGUAGAACGCGUUAAAAAUAAUUGUUAGUGGACGUACGGUACGACAGUCCCGCCCAGUUCUUAAUUUUGAAAAAUGUUAGCAUCAAUAUUUAGUACGGAAUUAUUGUGAGUAUUUCGUCAAAUCGUACUGCCUUGUUAAAAUAUAAUUAUUUCCUAGUAUGAAAUUUUUUGAUAAUAUGUCGUCAAAUUAUAAUGUCCGGUAAAUUUAACAUAUUACUGUCAUAUCAAUAUUUUAUUCGAAAAUAAACACGCACCAUAAAUAGGUAAAUAAUUUACAAAUUGACAAAAGUAUUAAAAUACAUGGUGUCCCACGAAAGUUAGGUACCCAUUGUAAUACCUCCGGAGAUAAUAAAGAUAAUCAAAUUCUGUUUUUUUUUUUUUUUUACAUUAAUCGUAGAAAUAAGGACUACAAAUAUUUAUAUUGCAAUUUAUUUUUGUGCUUUUAUAAAAAAAACUUAAAAAAUAGCCUUUUAUUUGAUUAUUUUUACAACACAUUAGGUAAUAUAAUAAAGUUCGAUUAUUCGAACUUUCGGAAUCCGAAAUCUUAAAUGUAAGCAAAAUUGUACGUAUUAAAAAUGUAGGUACCUAUUUAAAAUAUAGAAAAUACAAAUAUAUAUUUUCGUCAUUUGUCAAAAAUCCAUAUUUUCGAAACUUUAUUUAAUAGAAGGGCCUAGUAUUUAAAUAAGAAAAGAUCAUAAAGCACAACAUAUUAUAUAAAUUGAGUUAAAACCGGAGGAACGGUUAUAAUACGGUUCUAAUCCGUCCUAGUUAGUGGCCGAAUACCAUAGACGUAAUUGGAGCCUGAAAAUACAUAGGGCAACGAGUCCAAUAUGAUUUAGAGCAGGGGUUCCCAAAUUUGUUGGUUUCGUACACCACGUACCGAUUUAUUGUUUUUCGCAGGCCAUCUAAUAAUAAAUAUUUACGUUUUUCAAAUGUGCGUUUGAUAGCUGACGCAGAGAAACACCUCAAUAAGGUACUACUGAGAAGGGAACAUUAGUUUAAAACAAAAACCAUCUACAAUUUGCUGAUAUCCGUACCUUUAUUAAUUAAAUUUUAAUUAUUUAUUAAACUCGUUUUGUUAUUAAAACGACAGGAAAUGCAAAUUAAAUAUGAUAACUCUCUUACAUAAAAAAUCUAAACUUUUGACUAGAGAAAUAAGCCCGAAGUUUUGUUGAUAACGAAUUUGUAAUACUUGGCUACACAUUAUUUAGGUUUAACAUUAAAUCUCCUCUACCAGUGUUGUCCGAUCCGUUUCUUUUUGGUAAAAUUGGUGACUGUAUUGAAGAUUGAUGAUCCUAUAGGAUAUCUAGAUACACCUAAGCUACACGUCUACACUACUAUCCUUACUUCACAGUUGACGCCAAUGUGUGGCCACGGGCCGGCGACAGCUCCGACCGAGGAACAUACGAGGAUCGGAUCCGGUGACUCGUUUUACAUCUUUCGUGUCGUAGAACUUAUUCAGAUCGACCGGAGGCAGCAGAUACGAAAUACUGUCGACGUCCAUUACGGUCUCUCGUCGCCGCUUAGUCCUGUAUUCAUAAUAAAUACCUAUGAUAUUAUGAACAUUUUCACUUUAAGUGCGUGUUAUGUGCGUGUACAGUGAAAUGAUGUGUAGUGCGUGCACCGCGCGAAGUCAUUGACGAUAAUGGAAUGAAAGACAAAGCGAGCUCUCGCGGAGCGAUCGAUUUUAUUUAUAAUUUAACGUGCAUGUAUAGGCGGAAUAAUAAUAUAUAAUUUAAUAUUAUUUAAAAAACCAGCGGAUGGCACAGAAGAAGAGACACGCGGGCGCGGUGUAUUUCGGUGCACACAAAAUACAAAUAUAAUUCCGGCGGAUUUUAACGAAAAAAAUAUAUAUAUAUAGAUAUUUUUUUUUUUUUUUUUAAUUUUAGAUUCCGAGCGAAACAAGUAAUAAUGUGUCGGUAUUGGUUUUACUAUAUUAUGAUGUGCCUUUCUGUGGGUGUUCUGUAAACAACUUGACUGCUACAAAAUCUUGUUGCGCCAAUCAGACAUUCUUGUAGCGGAUCUAUAAUUGGUUUACUGAUAAAUGAGAAAAACUGGCAACAUUUCCAGGUAUUCUAGGGGAAAACAACGAUUCUGCAUGCGUGUAUAUAUUGUCAUCGUAUUUCCCCCUUUCCCAUUUUUCUCCUAGAACAAUGAUGCACCCAUCGGCGGUAUCGGUUUUUUUUCUCUCCGGAUUGUUAUGAUUUUUUCGAUCUCGUUGAAUUUCGCCAGUUUUUCGUUAUAAAUGUAAAUAAUAUUACGGCAGGAAAAAAUACUGUCCUUAAUUCUUUAUAGAUCAUAAUAAAAUAUAGUGCGUUUUAUGUUGCCAUAAAACAAUAGUACGCGUACCGAGAAAUUUUAAAUACAGAAUUACAAUACAGUAUUAUACUAAAAAAAAAUUAUUUUACAUUAUAAUAUUACACAGUAUAUUAUUAUUAACAAACCUUUUACAAGAUUAUAAAACAGCCACAGCGAGGGUUAAGUUUACGUAAAUUUAACUGCUUAUUUAAAAUUCUGAACGCGUGCCGCGGGUGCGUGUUUAAUGCGCGCGUGUGUACUACACACAGUUUUUAAAAACUUUAAAUCGCUUUCAGGCCAAAGAGUUUUGCAUAAAAAAUAUGUUUUUCGACCGUUAAAAUUCAUUAAAAUAAUAUCUAUGGUUAACAUUAGAAAAAAAAUAAAAGUUCUCAUUUUAAUUAUUAUAAAAUUCGAUCCCAAAACCACCCUACCUCUAAAAAAAAAUUCUAAAAAUUUAAAGCACAUACAUAUAAUUUUAUAUAAUAUUAUUUUUUACGACUUUUUCGUUAUACAUUAGGAAAACCCUAUUUCAAAUGUUUAUGUGAGAAAAUUGGUGUAACUUAAAAUUCUAUAUAUGUAUUCUAGUUUUACAACAUCUAUAUAUUUAUACAAGAAUAUCAUUUUUAUAAAGGCAUUUUAUUUAUUUAUUUAUUUAGAAUUCAACGGGAGUGACCCUUUUACAAUAAAGAGUGUUGUUUGAUGACCAAUUGUAUACAAAAAAAAAAAACCAUUGUUUUCGAUUUCGGUUUUUUGUAGUUCAAGUAAAAUAAUCGUAUAAAUCUGAGUAAUAUUAUUAGCUUUUUAUAAACGCAAUUUUUGAGCUAUUCAUAGGCAAUUGGCUUUUUCAAGUUAUUUUUUAAGUUUUUAUUUGGUUUCAUAGUGAUAUUUUGAUCGAUCAGUAAUGCUUGACAAUUUUAUACGAGGUUCAUUAUAAGUUGUGCUUAGUAACAAAAAGCAAGUUUGGCUUAGUGAAAUAUUUUUUUUUUAAUAUAAGCGUGCGUUUAAAAUUCAAAUUUUAAUGGAACUUGUUGAGAAUUCAACAUAAGGUUCUCAUUUUAUUUUUUUUUUUAAUUUCCUGUUUUCAUAGAAUAAAAACCACUUAAGAUCUUUUAUAUAAUAUUACUUAUUAAGCCGUAAUACACAUUGAUUUUUAUUUUCCAUAUUGUUCAAUAAUAAUUUUCAUUAUUUUGUAACGGAGCUUUUUAAACGAAAUCGAUCGUAAGAUAUAAUUAAAAAUAAAUUGUGUAAAAUUUCAAACUCAAUUCAUUAUACGGGAAAACGCAGUCUUUUCUUAUCGAUAGUUAUUUUAUUUUUAUUUUUUUUAAUAUCAUGAUAAGAGUAUGGGUAGAAUUCCAAAAAAAAAAAAAUAUUUUGGUUUAUGUUAGAUUUGAGAGGUUAAAAUUCUCGUCUUCAGAAAAUCAUUUAUAAUUCUACAAUCGGUCACUCGCAAAACGCUAACAAAAAAAAAAAAAAACGAUAUUGAAAAUUGUAGGUCAUUUUAAGCACUGCGUGUAUAGAAUAUUAUUUAUGAGACGAUUAGGUAUAAGAAAUAUCUUGUAAAAGGCUUUAUUUUUUUCAUCAUUUACGGCGUGAAAAGAGGUCGGAAAUGCACGUCGCGUUGUAUACGAAGAGAGGUUAAUAUAAUAAAUUAUAUACAAUAUUAUGUUUCGGUACAUAAAUUCAUAAUGUACGUGGGUUUUGAAAAAUGUCUACAGGUUACGUCCCGUCUCAAGCCGAUCUCAGGGAGCUGGCCGUAAAUGUCGAAGAUCACGAGGCGACCGGAACAGUUCAUCUUGCUGCAUUUUUACCGUACGUCGAAAACGCUAUUAGCGAAUACAAGUGAGUAAAAUAAUAUCGUAUAAAACAUAAUAUUAAACAUAAAAUAAUGUAAAAAGAACAAAAACAAAAGGGAUGAUGCUACUGAUGUGUGUCUCACUGUUGUGGAUAAGAAUUUGAGGAGGUAAGAUAUAAUAAUAUAACUUAAUUAUAAUAAAAAUAAAAUUUGAAACAAAAGCAUUGUUUUCAUAAAUUUUCCAGUUUCCUACGUCUUCCACCAAAUAUUAUGAAAACCGCUUUGAAAUCAAAAAAUAAUCUCCAUAAAGUACUAGGUAGAUAAAAUUGCCUUUCGGAAAAAGUUCCACACUUAAUAUAUGAAGCAAGAUUACUGGUAUACAAAUUGCUCAUAGAAAAAAAAAAUGUCAUUGUAAAACCAAUACAUUCCUCGUUCAAUCCAAAUCUAAAAAAAACCACUACAUUACGCUGAAUUUGUUUUCCACUCAGUAAAAUUCUUGGCAAAAUUGUUAAUUAUUUCUUUUCGAUUAAAAUAAUCCUUUUUUUGCUGACGACACGAUGUUUAUGUCAAAAAAUCGUUACACUUAACGUAUGCAUACUUGACGUAUAUAAAUGGAAGUAAAUACCACAGUUCCAUUAAAUACUUUGUAAAGUGGCAAGUAAAUGUCAAUAAUCUUCUUUUUAGCAGUUUUUUAUAAUUUUGGAAAUUUUGUACUUUUCGAAACUCUGUAUCUUGGUUCCUAUUAGGUCAAAAAGUACAUUUUACUAAUGAAAAAUGUAGAAAAUUUAAUCUUCUACAAUUUAAUAAUUUGAAGUUGUCAUGUUAAAUCUACUUUUUUUAAAAUAUUUAUAAAAAAAUACGAAGAUUUUGGAGUUUUUCACUGCUCCCCUUAAAAAAAAAAAAUUGAUUUUUCUUCUGUAGAAUAAAAUGGGUGUAGCACUAAUGGAUACCCACAAACAACAUUUCAAAAUUUCAUUUAUUACCGAAUUUUUCUAAGGUGUACAAACUACAUAGGCGACUGGAUUAUACUUGACAUAUUCCAAAUAACAUUGAAAUAAUACCACAAAACAAUGCAUUCCCUCAGUUAUUUCCGACUCGCGAACGAACCGUUCUUCCGACAAUAAUCAUAAAUCCUCUGAUAAAUUACUCGUCCCACAUGUUUAGAUAGCUAAACAAUAGUUCUCUCAUUUCCGACUGCAGCAGCCAAACGUAAAAACAAACAGCUGUAUUUUUCUGGAACUUUUUCCACCGCGACUGUUUUUUGGGCAUUGCGGAUAUCUCCUCCUUGAGCUGUUUAACGUCGACGAUACAUGAAUUGAAUUCGUCCCUGGAGCCGGUGAUUUUCAGUGGUCUGGCAGGUACUUCAGCAGCCACGGCUGCGGGGUCGUUUCGUCCGUUAAUAUUAAAAUCCAUUGGUUUCGGUAUACUAGUUAACACGACCGUCGAUUCGGUUGCCUUAUCGUGCGCCGCCAAGUAUAUAUGUUGUAGCGUUGAGUCGGAAAAAUAUUGGCUGUCCAAUUCGCUCUAACUGACAAAACCUGCCUGAUGUUUCGUCCACUCUACUAGUGUUGUCAGAUCGAGAUUGAUCUACAACAGACCGAUCGGUCACUAUGAUGGUAGUUGGGCCAUCGCAGUGGCUACAAUCUAUGAUAAAUACGAUUGCUGAUCGUACGCGAAAUUCGAUACAAAGCGAGGAAAAUUGUAUACUCUUAGAUAUUUGUAAAUCGCCUAUUCAAAUAUUUUUUUUCGAACAUAUCAGUAUAAUGAACAAUUUUUUUCAACGAUAAUGAUGUAAAAUAAUUAUAAAUUAAAUAUAGUGGUUGACUAGGCAACGUAACAUAUAAUAAUAUAUUAGAAUUUAAGACCGGAUUUAAUUGCAUUUAAAAUACGUAAAAAUUGCAUAAUAGAUUGCAUUAUAAAUAUGCAAAAGUUAUAUAAAAAAAAAUUUAGAUAUACGUUACUUUUUUUAAUUGAAAUUGAUAAUUAGAUACAUUUCAAAAUUAUUUUCAUUAAAAUUAAAUCUUCUAUUACUUAAAAUAUGUUUGUACAAAGAAAAACUACAUUCUACGUCUACACUAGUUAUUGGUGAAUAUUCAAAAAAAUGUAAUAAAGUAGGCGUUAUAUAUAAAAUAACAUUUGCUUUACCUAGCAUGACUUCAUACUAAGACAUUAAAGUUGUAUAUAUUUCAUUUUAUUCAAUUACACACAUACAUUUUUCUUUAAUUUUUUUCCCAUUUGGGCCAGGAAUAUUUGUUAAAAUAUCUUCAAUUUUUCUAAAAAUAUCUAUGCUUUUCAGUAGUUCACUAUUAGAUUUUUCCAAAUUUCUAGAUUCAUGGAUAACUCGGAGAAAUGUAAUUUUAUGAAUGCUAAACCACAUUUAACAACAUUAUUUUGUACGAAAUAUUUUAGCUUACAACACUUGUAGCAUCGUCUGUUAAACUUUCAAUCGCGUUUUUAAACUCUUCAAAAUUAUUUGCAUAGAAAAGUGCAGCAUUUAACCAUUUUCCCCGUCUUUUAAUAAUAGAUAAAGGUAAAAGAAUAUUAGGUAUUUCUUAGGUGCUUUUAGGAAAGCUUUUUUUCCUGAAAUAAACGAAAUAAGUUACAUAUGUAUUUAAAUUUUAAAUAAAUACUUAAUAUACGAUUAUUAAUCAAUAUAUUAAUGUCGGGAUAUAAUUUUCAAAUAUCAUCAAGUACUCUAUUAACUGCGUGCGCCGUACAUGUAAUAUGGAUUAAUUUAAUGAGAAAAACGAAUGUUAUCGCACGUUAUGGGUAUGCCAUCGUACACAAUUUGUAGCGGCAACGGUUACGGAGUAUAGACGGGCAAAUACAAUUUUUGCAACAGUUGCACAUGCGAAUUUGCCCGUUUCGGUCCUAUUACCGGUACAACUACCAUUAGUAUUGGUGGUGUGUUGGUGCACAAACGAAUAUUGCACCGCCGGGGCCGUACAGCCGUCUGCCGCUGCUGACGGAGAAUACAUUGGGAACUGAUUAUUUCUUUUGGAUAAUAUUACAUUUGUCCGGCGGGUGGCGUUAUCUACAAAAAUACCCUAUAGAUAACACUGACUGGCCCGGUGUAAACUCAAUUCCCAAAUAAUAUUAUUUAAUGUAAUGUAAUGAAAACAAACACGUUAAUUCACUUAUUUAUUGUGGAUUUCUAUCUAAAAACCUCCUAUAUAAAAAAAAUACAAAUAUAUUCAUGUUUCAUUAAAAUAUUCGUUUUAGUUCCUGUUUUCUGAAUCGACUGUACUUAGUGUAUACAAUUUUUUAAAUGUGCACCAACAAUUAUUUUACCCACGAGUCGCCACUGCGGUGCGCCAGGGUAAACUUUGAGACGGCAUUUCCUCCGAUCGUUAUAACAUAAGGAACUAAAAGUUUUGAAAAAAUAUUUUUCAAUUAUUUGUAUAACUGAUGUGCAAACCUAUUGUUGUCAUUGUAAUACAUUUGAAUUUUUUUAUUUUUUCUGACCUAUUUUUGGAAUUGGUGAUAACGAGGGACGACGGUCAUGACGCGAUAGCAAUACCACGGUCGUGAAACGGACUAAACGAUUGAACGGCAGUCUCAAUUUUAAUAAAUAGGAGGUAAAAAACAAAGUUUGUAGGAAAUCACAGCAAUAAUGAUUUUUUACAGUCAAAGAGACUAGUCUCAGUCAUCCGGCUGGGCGUUUUUCGUUUCGUAAACUGUGCGACGCCGGUGCUUCGUACAUUUCUCGCGUUUACGAUAUUAUAUCGAAAUUAAUAAUUAUGGAAUCAAAACGUUGUGCAUAAUUAAAUUGUAUAUAUAAUUAAUACGGACUCAAUAGGCAAUAUCGUAACACAAAGUUAAGUUUUCCCAUGCAUUUUAUUCACGUACCUAUACCGCUACUGUAGGUUUAUAUUUCAACAUUUACUUUUUUACACGGGUUCCGUUAGGUCUUUUGUGUAUAGAGUGCGAUUUUUAAAAUUAAAAAAAAGACAUGUAAAACGCAAUCAGAAGAAAAAAAUCGAAUGUAGUAAUUACCUAUAUAGUAACAUUACGAUGUUAUGCGGUAGUAAGAAAAAAAACCGAUGAGUAAUGUAGUAAUUGGUUUUGUAAUCUCUUUACGUUCGGUAUUUUUUUUACAAAUCGUACAAACACGACAUUUAAAAAAUUCUUUAACUGAACUUCGCUCAGAAUCGUUUCACGUUACCGAUGAUUUAUAUUUGUUUGCGGAUAUAAAUCAAAUUUUUUCAUAACAUUAUCCUACCUUCACAACUUUGCGCCUUAAACAGCGGCACAUCAAUUAGCAAUAUUCGCUUUUUUUUUCUAUUAUUUAUUUAAUUACGUGUAAUAUAAAUGGUGCGUCGAGCUUAGUUAAAAGAAAAAAAAAAUAUAAGUAUUAUAAUUAAUGCUCUUUUCAAUUACCCCAGACCAUAUAUUAUAUACAAGCAGCUGGCGUUCUUUUUAAUCGUGCGCAAUUUAGGUCUGGGUUAGGGUUCAAAUUAAUUCAUACGAAAUGAACACGUUUGAACAGUUAUCCGUAUAUAAUGAACAUUUUACCGCCAGAGUAAAUCUCCCCCGACAAAGAUUCGCGCUAGACAAAUAUAUUUAGCGAGAAAAAUUAAUCAUUUUUAUGACAUUUUAUUAAAUAUAAUACAGUAAACCAAAUAUGACUGGUGAGAGGAGGGGGGGAUAGGGACGAGCACGUAUAAUUAUUAUUAUUGUUAUUAUUAUUAUUACACUGUUAUAAAAAGAUUUUGAUUAUAUCCCGCCGAGCAGGUGCCGUGCCGUGUCUAAUGGCACACAAUUAUUCGUUUUAUGAUAAUAAAACAACAUAAAACAGUAAUUCGAUCGUUGAACAACGGAUUUUUUAACACGCAUCGUUAAAUAAAUAGGUUUUAUACGCGAAACGGUCGUUUUCCGUGUUCUUAAAUAAAAAUUAUUAAAACAUCGUAAUAUUUACGGACCAUGCAGUUUUACGAGUGUACUCAAUAUUUUUGAUUCCGAUAAUGUUGCGAAGAAGUUAUAUUACGAGUUUUAUUAAGACGCGUUGUUUUUUUUUUUUUCUGAAAAAACACUUGUUCGGUUUAUUAACAUGAAUCGAUCUGUUCAAACGUUACAUUAAUUGUCGUAGUACUUUUUAUUCGGAACAUUUUGCUCGCAUUAUCAGGAUAAUACUGACGUUAAGUGUCAACCAGUGUAAGUCAAAGAACUGCGAAUAAUAAGUGAACCGUGAAGCGGAGAAAUAUUUGAGCAGUAUGCCGUAGGUGCGAAUGCAGUAGAAAAUCCGACCACACCUAUAAUUUAGAUUCUGAGCGCAGCGGGAGCUCUAUCUGUAGACAAAUUUCCUGUCGGCUUUUUUGUAAAAAUGUUGGAUCUAGUCAGUGCGUCGAGGGGUUCAUUUUUUGAUUACCCACGAAGUUUUCAUAAUAAUUCGGAAAAACGGCAAAAACCAUAUAGGAAGACCAGACAAAUUUACAGCAAUCAAAUUUUCAUUAUUUUCGAUUAGUUCAAUUUUAUUUUUCCAACAGAAAUCAUGUUCCAAAUUUCAAGAGUAGCAUUAUUUCCAAAAGAAAAAUCGAUAAGAAAAUCGUUUUUGAUUUAUCAGUUAAUUAUUAUAAUUUACUGGGAAAAAUCGGGGGGGGGGGAAAGUUUACGGCUAUAACGGUUAUAUAUUAUAUAAUUAGAUUUUUUUUUAAACGUUUCUGUAUUCCUGUCUCGCGGGUGUGUGGGUAUUUCAACAUUUUUUUUUUUUUAAACACGGAGGACAAACAUGUGCGGAAUAUUAUGCUCGUAAAUAAACUUGUCAGAAUUUUUAAUGUGUACCACAAACUUCGAAGGUGAAAUAUAACAAAGCGGAAAAAGUUAGCAACGAGGGAUUUUAAAAAAAAAAAAAUAUUUCGGAUAUUUAUGUAUUACCCGCACGUAUAUUUACACAAUCUAAAUUAGGAUAAAUAAUUGUUUUUCCAUCAUUUACUUUAUUAAGUAGUUAAUAUUAUGUAUAAAAUAAAUUUAUGAUCAUAUUAGCAUGAAAAAAUAACAAGUGUUCAAUAAUUUGUUAAGUUGUAAUAUUUAGAUCGGAAAGUAAAGACUGAUUGUUGUGAUCAUUUAUUAAGCAUAUUAUUGAGUUAUAUUAAAUAUAACUAAAAAAAAAAUUAAUUAAUAAUCUGAUAAUUAAAAACAUGUGCAGUUAUAAUUUUAUUUAUCGAAUGGAAUCGGACGGGGUUUCCUACGAAGAUAUUGCCCUAUGUGAUACACUUUUGGAGAUAAUAAAGAUAAUCAAAUUCUGGUUUUUUUAUUUUGCAUUUCUCACAGUUAUAAUAUUAAUUAUAUUUCAGUUAUUUUUUUUAUGUUUUGGUAAGAAAAUUUAAAAAAUAACUUUUUAUUUUAUUAUUUCCGAAAAAUUGGAAGAUAGCCAUUUUGUAAAGUUUAUUCUUUUUCUUGACGGUCCAACUUUUAUUUUUGAUAAUUUUUUAAAGUUCCAAGGAAAAAGGGUACAAGAAAUUAACUAAAAUAAUAAUAAUUAAUUAACGAAUGCUAUAAUAGCCUACUGCAUAAUUUUAGGUACUUUUCUCUGAACUUUAAAAAUUUUUUAAAAAUCACUAAUUUAAUAACAACAAAAUGUUGAUCGUCAAAAUGUUCAGUUGAAUUAUUAAAAUCCUAUAAUAUGGCUAUUUUCAAAUUUUUCGAAAGUAUUAAAAUAAAAAGUUACUUUUUUUUUUACGUUAAUAUAAAUAAUUCAUAGAAAUAUAAGUAUUAAUUGUAGCCCUUAUCCCUGUGAGUAAUAUAAUAUUAAUAUGAAAAAAAAAUUUGUUGGUUUUUUUUUUUUUCUCCGGAGUUAUUAAUCUCCAUAUAAUCGAAUGGGUUCAUCUUCGCGGAAUACCCUGUUAAGGAAGGUAUGAUGUACGAUAAAAAAAAAAAUUGAAAUAAAAAACCGAAAUUUGAAAUAGUUAAAUAGAAAUAAUUGAUUAAUUAUAAACUGAAAUUAUAUUGCUAUUGAAUAAAAAAAAAAAAAAAACAAUUUAUUUUUACAAUGAAUGUGUUUUCGUUAAAACGUAACGCAAACUGUUGAAGUAAUAGGUAUUUAUUGUUCUUUUGACUUUGUCAAAAAUGUCUUAAUAAAAAAAAUAAAAAAAAAAAAUAUGUAUUAUAGUAUGGUUAUUGUGAAAUCGUCUAAUACGGACGAGCAAAUUAUAUUUAACAUUUUAAAAAAAUCAGAUUUAAAUUUCAACUAUAGUGGUCGAGUUGUGUCGGGCUGUAAUGUAAUUGUCUGCAAAUUUGAUUUGUCAACAAAGUUUAUUGCCACGCACUGAAAAACAAAGAAAAAUUACCAUCAGUAUAUAAAAAAAAAUAAAAUAAACAUUACAAAAGAUGUAGUGUAUCAAAUUUAAUACAAAACUAAUGUACUAUAUAGUGCGUAUACCGCACUAUAUCUCUAUAACUAGACCCUAUAACCUCUGUUUUGAGCACUAUAACCUCUGUUUUGUCAACAAUUUUGACCGGCACUUCCGGGCAUACCGAAUAGAAACUUUCUGUAAAACGAUAAACAACGAAAAGAAUAAAAUAAAUAAAACGAAGCAAAAUUAUUACUAAGUACGUAUAUUGUAUAUACACCAUGAAUGAAUAGUAUACCCAAGUCGAACCGUUCCAAUAGUAAAUUUUGAAAUAUCCAAUAUUUUUUCAGCCAGUCAAGUUCUUGCGUAGCAGUUUUAGUUUUUAGGAAUAAAAAACGCUUAUCGUAACAAUAUAAAAACACAUUUCGUUGUAAGUACGUAACAAUACGUAUUUUUGCGAAACUGUUUAACACUCGAUUACAAUAUAAAUAAAUACAAUUAAAGCCGGAUCAUUUUUUUUUAUUCAUCGCACGCUCAACCCAUUCGUUAUUAUGCAUAACUUCAAAUUCUGAUUUUUAGAAUUUCCCUUACUCCGAUUAUCAAGUAUAGCAGCUUUUCUGAUAGGAAAUAUUUUCUGGGUGGUACUUUACAGAGGUCAUUUUUUGAAAAUCUCAUUAACAAUGAGAAAAACUUCGGUCUUUAGGUUAAAAAAAAUUGAAAGAUCGUUUUUAUUUUAUCGUUGGCAACCGUUUUUAUUUAUUUUUUGUUAUUAUUUUAAUCUUUUUUAAACAAUCAUUGUUGUUAUGGAAACGCACAUUGUUGCAAUCAUUUUACCAUAAUAUAAUAUGUAUAUAGAUUGUAUUGUUGACAAAUCAACAUUAUCAGUUACUGAACUUCGCUCAUGCAGAACCGUCUUUUCGUUAGCAAUAGUUUAUCGUUGCUUACGGAUAUACAUUAAGUUCCCGUCUGUAUCAUACCUUCCUAACUUCCCACUUAUACAACAGUGACUACACCCACGUGCGGGAUAUGUCAGUCUUUUUUUUUUCUUUUUUCUCUCUGUUUUCUUAUUGAUAAAUUUAUUUAAGUUAUCAUCGCUGAAUGAAACAAUUGUUUUUUUUUUUAUCCGGUACAUCAGGUACCAGCCUGCUUCAGCAUCCGAACUGCUGAGCGCUUUCCGGGCGUUGGAUCCCGAACGGACCGGAACAGUGAGUCGCGAGUGCAUGGAGUCGGCACUCCGGCACGACGGCGAACCGUUUGAAGACGAAGAACUAGAGGAAAUGAUGUCGGCUGCCGCCGUGGAGUCCACCACCGGAACUACGGUCAUACCGUACGAAUUGUACAUUAACAAGAUCUUGGUGAGUAUUCGUUCGGAUGUGCGUUUUUUCAAGGUCGAACUUGAUACUUAAAGCCUCGCUGAUAAUUUAGAUAUAAUAAAGGAUUUUGGGACCAAUAAUCUUAGUAUAUAAUAUAAGGUUUUUCGGAGAGGCCCAUUGAUUUCAAAUUUUCAACAAUAGUUCGGAGUCUGUAGAUCAUAAAGGUUUCCUUUCAAUAGUUCUAUUCAAUAAUCAACAGUAACCCGUCCAUGGUUCACAUUACCCAUAUUAAACCUCUCCAUACUUUUGAUUUUUAAUACUAUGUAUAAUUUUAUUCGUACUUAUUGUUAUUUAUAUUUUAUAACCUCCCCCAUCUUUUUUUUUUACAAUAAUUAAACAAAUAUACACGAUAUAAAACUAUUCGAGCUGUACAUAUAAAAAUAGGCACAGGGCCUUAUCGGCUGAUGCGUGUCUAGAGUGUAAGCCAGUGUCGGCCUUUGGUUUCUUACAUAAAAACCUAGUGUCGAAAAAUCGUUUUAUCUCGAAACGGGUAUAAGCAUAUGGUUUGGCCGCUAAUCAGAAUAACUGGUUACACUGGACCGGGAGCCCCCAUCGAUCGACUAUCGAACGGCCACGGGCGUCCGAGGUACAGAGAGGGGGGGGAUUGAAUACCGUCUCAAUGGGGCACAACACCGUCGCGAGUUACUCGUAGAUGAAGGUGCGCGCACCCACGAUCCGAACCGACAAACGCUUCGCGGACCGUACAGCUGCUUCCCACAAUCCGCCGAAAUGUGAAGCACUGGGCGGGUUAAAGCGCCCCGUACGGGAUAACGCGGUGGCGGUGAUAACGGUACUGCGUUGUGGUGCUAUUCGCCAGCUGACGGAGCCGCCGGUCGGCGCCGAUGAAGUUUUUUUAUUGUUAUUAGUGAUUGAUAGUUAUUAUAAAUUUAUUUGCUUUUGUCAAUAAAUAAUAUUAGCCGUAUUCAAUUGUUUAUUUUCGAAGGUUGGGUACAAUGUAUAGAUUUUUCCAUCAUUUAUUAUAUUGAACUUAAUUAUUAAUUUGAUAGUUAUGAAAUAAAUCUAUAAGCAGCCAACCCAGUCAACUGCGUUUAGACCAACCUAUUCGGUCGUUGCCUGUAGAUAUCGCCAUAUCGGCCCGGAUAUAAUUACAAUUUAGAAAUAACACAAAUAAGCGACCCGGAUAAUAUUAUCACCUAAUAUUUUAUGUUUUUAAUUUUAUUCUGUAUUUGUACAAGGAUGGUUUACUAAUGACACAGGGGUUUUUAAUUUUCAAAUUCAAUUUUUCGAAUUUUUCAGAUAGGUAAUAUAUUUAUAUUUAUUAUCUCUGUGAAGACAACGAACAAAAUGUUAAAUCACUUUUACCUGUUAUAUUAUAAAAGUCUAGUAAACAGUAAAACGUAUAAUGUAAAUAACAGUAAUAGUAGUAAUAGUACAAUAGAAAUAAAAAUAGUAAUAGUUUUCUUGUCCGUGACAAUCAAACUAUCAUCCAUGUCGCCAAGGUAACCUAUAAUUCAACAAAUUAAAUGUACAAAAAAUAUCAACAACCCUGUGUCAGCUAUGUUUUAGAGGUGGAAUCGUCAAAAAUCCUUCCUUAGUCGAUGUCAACGGUAUAAAAGUUACCUACUGUGAAAACGUCAAGUUUCUAAUCGCAGCGGUUUAGGCUCUGCGUUGAUUCUCUAUCAGUCAGGAUAAAUCCACUAUAUAUAUUAUAUACUAUAUAUAGAGACUCAUUUAUUUAUCUAAAUCCGUUUUUACUCUAAAUUUUAUAUAUGACUCCUUAUUAACAUUAGCGUUAGCCUAUGACAUGAUAAUAAAAAUAAUUUUGUUUAGCCCCCUCAUUUAUCUAAUUCGUAUAGAUCCGCCACUGAAUGUACACGUAAUUUCUUUAACAUUGUUUAAUUACAAGUUGAGUAUAUGAGUAAAUAACACUAAAAUCACUUUCAAGGAUAUAAGCAUUUUUUCGGUUUUUCGUAAACACGUUUUUAAAUUAAUAAGACGAUUACACAAUACAUUAUGAUACUGGACUAUUUAAAUGCGUACAUACGGUAAACUUAUUUAAAUAUUCAGUUUGCGGAAUUCUCUUAAUUGUCAUAAAAAUAAAUAACACGUGAUUUGUUAUAGGUAGAUUACUUAAUAAUGAAUAUUUUACAUAAGCACCUUUGUAUAGCACCUUAUACAUGUUAAUAUUUGUUUUUUAAGCGAGUAUUAAAAUGUUUUAUUUAAAUUUUAACUUUUCGAUAUUGGCGACGAAAGAUUAUUUCGAUAUUGUUUUUAUUAUGUUUAUUUUCUCAUAAUAUUACGAUAGUAAUAAUAAUUAUAUACAGCGUGACCACGGAAACAGAUAACACUUUAAAACUAUGUAUUUGAUCAAUAGUUUUUAAUUAUGUUUUUGGAUUACAAAAUUAAAACUAUUUAAAAUUUUAAACAAAAUUGUCAACAUUUAAAAUUUUUUUUCACAAUCAGACUUUUUAAAUAUUUAUACACGUGACUUGGAAAAUUCGACAAAUUUAUUCGAAUUUGAUUUUAAAAAUAAGGGUUCUCACAAAAAAAAAAAAAAAAAACUGUUUUAUAAGAAAAAUUAAUGGCCCAGUAAUCAAACAGUUUAAUAUUAUUCCAAAAAUUGAAUUAAAAAUCCAGAAUACAAAGUAUAAACCUAUAAAAUGUUCCCUUCAGUUUCCGUGAACAGUUUCAAUUGAUCGUAUGACACAUUUUUAUUUAAUUAAACUCCCAACGAAUUGGGAGCAGCACUUGGAAUUAGCAUAAUAUAUAUUUUUUUUUUUUUUGCUCUCUAAAAGAAUACAUAUUAAUAAUAAUUUAAUAAAAGUAUUGAUUUCAUAAUCAUUAAUUCACAAUACGAGUUUUGAAAUCUUUCGAGUAGUUUUUUGCCUAUAAAUUAAGAUUAUUCUCAAGCCUAUUUACAUUUACAUACAACUAAUACUUAAAUCUUAUGUCAACUGCAUUACAUUACAUAGUUAUUUACAGUGGCGUAUUUUUUUUGGGGGGGGUGGAUGUCCUGCGUCUCGACCCCCCCAGAAGAAAAAAUUGAUUCAAAAGUCAUAAAUGACUUGCUAGAAGGGUAUAAAAAAAGAGAACAUUAAUUUAUACUGAGUGAUUAUUUUUAUCAUUAACAAAUAAUUAUCUCGGAGGAUUUUAUGUAAAUUAUAUGUUUUUAAUCUUUGUAGAUUUGUUUAAGUUUUAUUUUAAAACAAUUUUUAAUUUUUUUCUCUCACUUCAUAUAUAUUAAAUAAGAAGAUAUUUUAGUUUUUCAAAUGGAAACCCCCUCUUUUUAAACAAAGAUUCGAAUAUAGUUUAUAUUUCUAGAAAUUUUGAUAUGCAUAACACUUAUAUUAAAUUUACCAUUUAUAAGUUAUAACUGUUUAAAGUUUAGACCGGAGAAGUAGAGAAGAGUUAUCAAUUAUCAUUUAAAAGUAGAUAUAAAAUUUAUGUAGUAGAGGUAAAAUAUUAAAAAUUAUUUUAAAAUAAAGCUUAAACAAUUGUACAAAGACUGAAAAGAAAAAUAUAAUUCAAAUUCACUUAAAAUUAUCUGAGAUAAUUACUGAUUCACAAUAAAAAAAUUCGCCUUUUUUUAGAAUAAUUUUAAAUCCUUCCCUGUCCACAAAAAAUGUUAAAAUAGCCACUGGUUAGCUAUUCAAAGGUUGUGGACUUAUUGUUAACGGGAUGCUACUUGAAUUUAAGGGGUUGCCUAAUAAUUAUUUAAAAGUAAAUGAAAAAUGAAAAAAAAAUUCCCAAAAGUUUACAAACUAACUUUAAUUGUUUUUAUGUUAUCAGAAAAACAAUUUAGCUGUAACAUAGAUAAAUUUGUAUACUGACUUGUGGUUAUGUAAUUUAAAAUCUCACUACUGUGAAAUAUGAGUACGGAAACACGAAAACAGUUUUUAUAAUUAAAUUACAAACGAUUCUGAUCUCUUUUUAGCAUUUUCGUCAUACUCAUUGUUUUUUAUUUUGUUUUUUUUUUUUGUAAUUGUUUAACACCCGCAAGGGGUAAAAACUACAAUAGUUAAAGUUUAAAUAUUUACACAUAGCAGCCAAUAGGCAAAUUACAUAAAUUGUUAUGAAGAUAAUAUAGUAUUUUUAAUUUAGAAAUUGGAUCAUGGUUGGAAUCGAAAGUUUCCAAAUCAUUUCACGACUUGGGCCAGCGACAUAUUGAACUAUUGUUAACGUAAUUCUUAGAGAUUGAGGAGAUAUGAAAGCAUGGAUUAUUUCUGAAGUUAACAAUGAAGGAACAUGAAAUCCAAUUUAAGAAAGAAAUGCAGGACGGUGUUUUUUCUUAACAUUUCUUGUAUAAUAUAGUUACCUAAUCAAAUAUUUGCCUAGUUCAAGUAAAUUAGAUUUUAAACAGCCUAGGAAUGAAAAUAUUAAACAUAACAGGUGCCAGGAUUGGGGAUUUUGGCUUAUUUUACUUUGCACUGAUAGCGUAUCCGGCAUUACAUUUGUAUUAAAGCCGUUUGAAAAACUUCCGGCAGUAUUUUAAUAGACUUGUUAAAAACACGUUGGGAUUUGUUUGACUCAUAUUUAUUUAUUCCGCGUUAAACUUUAUACUUACUGCUAGUUAACCCAGCAUUACAUUUGUAUUAACACGUUUUAGUACAAUAAACAGUUAGGGAAUGCGAGCAUAGGAAGUUCAUUGGAAUUCCAGAAGACCUACAUUCAGAGUCGGAUGAGACAGUAAAAUAGCUAAGUAAUCUGGACUUGGACAUUUAACAACACCGACGAAAGGACAAAUUAGUGACGCACCUAAAACUUAACAUGUUUAAAAUAAAAAUGUUUGAUUUUAUUAGUUCAUAAUUCUGUGUUUAUUUAUAUUCGCGGUAUAAUAUUGCAUUUGCAUUCUCAACGGCCGUACGAAAAUAAAUAAACAAUAAAAUAAAUCGAAUAAUACGCAAUAAACUACAAUUCAAAUUCCAACAAGUUUCCUACAAUUCUAUUUAAAAAUUGUCGGAUAUGUUUCGGUAGGUUCCGUCGACUUUUCGACGCUGUUGUUACGAUAUUAUAAUUAUCGCUCGAUUUAAUAACCACCGAAUUGUGCGCCCAAAACGUUUUUUUACGGUACCGUUUAGUUAGACUCGUCCCGGGGAAAUCUUUCUCGCCAGACGUCUCGCUAUAAAGCCGCGACGUACCGCGCGUGAAAUACGUUUUCGACUAUAAUAACACGACGUAUAAGAGAGAACGGCGCGAGUUUUAAUUUCGUGUAGCCGAGUAUACAUUAUUGUAAUAUAAUAAAUGUACGCCCUGGCCAUUUAUCUGCUCGAAGUUACUAUCGUAGGAAACACACACACACACACACACACACACACGUAUGUAUAUAUAUAUUACAACAUUAUAUAUAUUAUACCGUGUACAAUUUAUAAAUAUUUAUCCAUCAAUCUUGUACAGAGCAGUAGUCCGAAACUCGUAAACUGUAUCUCGGGCCAGUGCGCGGGGACCGGCAGACGAUGACAAAUUAUUAAACACGCGGAGAAAAUCGAAAACGGAAUAAUAAUAAUAUUAUAAGACACCGAUUUCAUAACGACGCGGAAUUUUUCAAAAAAAAAAAUAUAUGUAUAUAUUUAUAUAUGUUAAUAUACGAUACGACGCGGGUAUAAUAAUAAUUUAGUAUACAGAGCGAUUAGUUUAUCACGGACCGGACAUUUUAAUAUCGCUAUAAGUAUAUUGACGCGUGGUUCCUAAGCGGGAGGUCGGGGAAACACGGACGGUAUACCGAACUCCGUUACACAGAAUUGUUUCUUAUUUUUUUUUUUAUUUUUUUUUUAUCGCAAUGACUUAUCGUAACUUUCAGCGUAUAAACUACAUUAUCUAAUAUCCCCUAUAUUAUAUGGUAUAUCUCUGUGACUUCUCGUGCAAAAUAUAUUUUGUUUUUAUUUCACGUUGAUCUUUCCGGACGGUACGGAUUAAAAAGUUGACAAAAAGUAUUUUUUAUACCUACUGUUUUGUAACGUUCGCUAGGUUUUCAGUUUUGAUUUUUUUUUUUUCACAAGGUUUUUAUAAAUAAAUAAUAUCAAACAAAAAGCAGCGUAUUGCAGUGUUUUGAAAAUAAAAAUACACGUCCAAGAUUUUUUUUUUUUUAAUCAAUACCUUUAUUUUAUUUUGUUUAAAUUUAACACCGCUAUUUUCAUUAUGGAUAUAUUUUUUAGCACGCAAUCAAUGAAUACUUGUUUUUUAUAGGUUUUUUUUUUUAUCGUCGAAUUUUAUAUUAUAAUCGAGCGCGAUGGGUCACACAAUGUUGUUUAAAUAAAUCCGCAAAUAUUCGCGUGUAUCCCAGCUCGUCAAAAUAAUUAUGAAAAUUAUUUUCAUAGGAAUAAUUUAAUCCUAUGCAUAAAAAAAUACAAAAAUUAAAUAAAAAUAAAAUGAAAAAUUGUUAUCUGUUGAAACCUGUUUAAAUUCACAUUGUCGUAACCUUUGCACGGUUUAAAAAAUGAACGGGACAAAUAGAAAUUAAACUCAUCACUUAAGGUACAGUUAGAUUAAUUAUUUGUUUAUUUAUAUAUUUUUUACAUAUAUUAUUUGUUUAUAUAUUUAUUAACAACUAUUAAUUAUUUGUCGAGUUUUUGUCGGACAUCGCGAUGACUAUGACUGCGGUUUAUUGUGUCUAUAUUACUACGGCUAGAUGCGAAAAGUGCCAGUGUCAACGAAAAUCGUUUAUAAUAAUAGUUACCGUGUAAUUUACGUUAGAUUUAAUACAUUUUUUUCAACAUCCCGGUUUGAAUUUAUUUUUAAAUGACUUUUUUUGUUGACAUUGUUCCACAGAUAUAUACAAUUAUACAUAAUAUAAAUAGUAUACUUAGUAUUAACUUACUCGCGAAGAAACACGAAGAAAUGUAAAACUUUUGAUUGAUUUUGACCCACUUUCCGCAGUCCGAUCGACUUGAAAUUUUGCAUAUACGUUUAUAUUUUGGAUGACAAUACAAUAAACAUUAAUCCGAUUUUCCGUUUUCACUCGCAUUAUCAAAUGGAAAUGGACAAAUGGUCUCCCCUCUACAUGGCUAUUGAGUAAAAAUUUAAAAUAUUGAAAAAUGUCUCAUAACACUUUUGUUCGUAUAAAAUGUAUUCCUCUGUAAAAUAUAUUUCAUUAUUUUUAUCCUUUUUCACUCAGUAUUAUGAUUUUCGGAGGGAAAAAUGUCGAGAUAUCGAAAAACAGCACAUACAAUUUUUGUUCAUAUAUCAUCCACAAUACCGUGUGUUUAUAAAAAAAAAAUCGUUAAUACAUAUAAUUUCUCGCGUAUCCUAACGUGAUAACAGAAAUUUUAAAAAAAGUAUGAUAUAUAUUGUAUUGUUUAUAAAUAGAUACGUACCUCAACGAUUGGAUAUGAUCAAAUUUACCAAAGUGAUAGUCAGCUUAAUUAACGCAGUAUUAUUUUUUUCCCCGCGCCAAUUUGAUUUGUAUACAGUACAAAUGUAUGUUCCAUAUCGGAAUCAUCGUCCUUGUACACAAAUACAAUAAUAGUACCUGUAGACCGUUUCUUUGAUGCCGUUGUUUUGUUAGUCGAUUGAAGAUGCACAUAUGCGUGCGUUUUUACUCAUGUAUAUCUCGGUAAUGUUUUUUUUUUAUGGUAUAAUAUCUAAAGAUCAGUUACAUUGAAAGCACUAAGAAUUAAAUUUUAAUUUGUCGAGUAAUGUAAGCUCGCUAUAAAUAGCGUUUACUAGUUAUUUUUAUAUUGGGAUGGAAAUAUAAUAAGACAUUCAACGUGGUUUUAAACCAGAACACUUUUGCACGACGGCGACAACGUUAUGUAAACGGAACAUUUCAAACUUGAAAUUAUCGUUGACUCUAAAAAUCGCACCUUGUGAUAAAACACAGAGAAAAACCGCAUAUUUUAUAAUGAUGUAUGAUCUGUUAUUUAUGUACUUAUUAAAAAAAUAAAAUUGUUUAGACACAAAAUGUAUACAUUAAAAAAUUAAAGAUAUAAACCUCCGAAAAACAAAAACCACGCACAUAUUAAGUUACGUUAACACGCGUUUCGGUCAAUUACAACUGGACAUAUAUUUAAUAUUGGUUUCAUCAUUUCCCAUCGAUUUAUUGUAUUUUUUGAUGAAAUACCUAACUAACUUAUAACGGUUUGAGCAUAUUAACUUAAGAUAAGUAUUUGUAUGCAACAGAUAAUUUUAAAAUUAUAAAUUCAACGUUCCUCUAUAUACAAGACGAUAUACCCGCAUUUACUGUCUUAGUCCAACUACCGGAUAACUUGAAAAAACAAUGCUUACGUAGAAUAAGUAAAACCAGUUUAAUUUUGAUUUUGAAGUAAAAGUACCUAUUAUUAAAUUUUUUGAGAACAAUUUUGGAGGGGAUACAGUUCGAUAUAAAGGAUACAAAAACCUUUUUUAUUAAAUAACUGCAACUUUUUUAAUAGUUCAUAAUACAAAAAGCACCUGUGACAUUAAAUUACAAUUACUUUGUAUUACCUGCUUGAAGUUCGCAAGAAGUUCGUUGUACAAAAUAUUAGGAGCAGCAUAUGAGGGGUUAUAGGUAUUGAUAAAUCGUUACAAUAUAUACACAUCGUUAAGUACUCAAUAAACGUGUGAAUACUCUUAUUUGCCUUCGGCUCACAACGUGGCAGCCAGGUAUAUAGACAAUGCAAAUGUUAGCGAGAAUUGUAUUUUCUCCACCGCCCUUUAUAAGCGUAUAGACAACCGUUUCGCAGAGAUGAAUGGGUUAGACGACGGCACUACGACUACAUCCAUUCUACAUUUACAGCCGUUUAACGAGGUGCAUAUAGCUACCUGGUCAAUAGCGUUAGACCAUUUUAAACGCAAAAAAUACGUAUGAUAUCCUGUCCCUUUUCGGGCGUAUGGACAACCGUUUUCAGGAUGUGUAUAAUCGUCUACGUACCGAAAUAUUAUAUGUAUAUUUUUUUAAAGAAACAAAUACAACUAUGGUGAAACGAUAGUGACAAAAAGCACAAUUACCAGGUAUAGAUGAUAGGGAGAACCAAAUACAACAGCCCGACUUCGGUAUCUGCAACUACUGUAUGUUUGGAAAAAAACCUAUGGUCUGAGUGAGUGAGCGAAAAAUGUCUGCUUCUGCUGGGCGAACCCAGAGAAAUGACAACCGACUCGGACACGGCCGAACUGUCAAACAGACUGUCAGAAUGGCUUUUUGAGUGACGCGUAUGGCGUAUUUAUACCCUCUGCGGUCUCCUACGCAGACAAUUCCCACUUCGUCACUGUAGCUACGUGGGAGCCUCUGUGUGAGUGACGCGCGUAAUUAAUAUUUUGAAUUAAUAUGUGCCAUAUUAAGGUGGCAACAUUGUUUAAGAAAUGUUUGUGAUGGAACUGGUAAUUGUGCUGUGUAACUUUGAUUGUUUAUUUUACAAGUAUUAAAUAUUCAAUAUAUUGCAUAUUGUUUUCUAUACAUUUCAUAAUAACUUUUACUCUAAAACUAAAAUUAAGCCAGUUUUACAUAUUCUGCGUAAGCAUUGUUUUUGCAUGUAAUCCGGUAAUUGGACUGGGACAAUAGAAGCGGGUAUAAUGUCCUCUUAACGUACGGUAUUGACCCACUAAAAGUGUGCCUGUGCGGUAUUUGGCUACACAAUGUACCUAUAGGUAUAUACUUGGUAACCGGUAAAGUUCACAAUUUUUGUCUAUCGACCUGUUUUGAAAUUGAAAUCAUAUUUAUGUGGUUUUUGGAUGCAACCGAAAUUAUACUCGGACUACGUUAGACGGACGACGUAAAAAUCGUUUUUUUUUUUUUUUUUUUAUUAUUAUUUACAAAUGUGAAAUAUUACGACGUAUCCGAUUUAUCUCGAGAUCCUUACGUGCGUGCGUAUUAUAUUACAUUCGAGUUGUCGGCUAGGUAUACCGUGAAGUUUAGGAUUUCUCUUUAAACAGUAUUGCUUGUCACCACGCACUAUAAAUAUAUAGUGUCGUCACGUUUCGCCAACACUUUAUCGGAUUUUUACUGUCGGAACCGCGUGUUUUGUUCACACAAUAAUAUAACACGCAUUUCACAGUCCCGCGGUUUAAAGUUACCCGCCCUUAUCGAAACCGUGGCCGAUUCCCGAAAAUAAAUCAGUUAUUAGUUUAAGUCCUGUGCUAUGCGCUCCGUUUUUGACGAACGCGAGGUUUUAGAACUCGGUCGGGGCUUUUAUAAUACUUUCCGAAGUCAAUUUAUUUCGUUAUUGCGUUAGGUACGGUUUAUCAAAGUGCGUUUAUAUGUUUUUAAAUUUGUUUGUUCUUUUACACGAUUCGGUCCACAAUCGUUACGUGUUGUUAUACACGCGAUUGGAUUUCCGGUAAUUGUUUUUAUAUAGAGCGUUAUUAUUAAUUUUGCAAGACCUUUUCUUGUUUUUUUUUUGUCUGUUCCCGAAAGCUCUUAUUGGUGUGUAAUACAAAUGUUAAACAAGUUUUGGAACUUUAUAUAAUUAUUUUUCUUAAUAUAUAUAUAUAUAUAUAAAAAAAACAAUUGAAAAGAGUUUGAAAAUUAUUUUUCAGCCGUGUUUAAUAAUAGGUAUGUAUAUUGUAUAUAUAUAUAUACAUAUUAUUUUUUAGUUUUAUAAAAGAAAUAAAAAACUUAAAACCAGUAAGAAAAUCCUAUUCGAUUUUAACGAUGUUGAGCUCUAUAAAACUCAGAAACAGUAAAAUAUACAAAUUCGAAAACUUCAAAAUACUUAACAAUAAACUACGGAUUUUCUCCUGUAGUACCUCAUCCAAAAGUCCAUUUGAAGGCAAGUACGAAAAACUCCAUUGCUUUAAUCGGUGAUUCUCAACGGAGGCAAUAACUCUCCCGGGGACGUUGGAGAAGUACUAUCGAAAUAUAAGCUUGUUUUGUGCAGUGAAUCGUGGGUCAGAGAGUGGAAAGUAUGUUUUAAACCGUAAUUGGGCAGUUAGCGUGUUUUCGCAUUUGAUGCCUAAUUGCAUGCGUUUAUUUAUGGGAAAAAAUUACAUUUUUUUUGUUAUUUAUUCAAUUUUAAAUUUUCUUCAAUAUAGACAAUUUUUAUUUUUUCAUUGGUUAUUUCAAUUUUUAUUUGUUAAUUUAUAAAUUGUAUAAUUCAAUAGUCCUCCCGACUCUUAAUUACCGAAUUUCUGUUACAGGCGAAGGAGGGAAGUUGAAAAAUCUUUUGAUACCUAAAAAUGUUUAGAAAAUGCAUAUGCAUUGUUUUUUUUUUUCGAUUGAAAAUGUGUUCCUAGUCUAAUUUAAUUUGAUCUCAAUCAAUUUGUUUUAUAAUACAUUUAAUUAUAACUGUAAGUCAUAUCAAAUGGGAACACGUUUAUCAAACGUUUAAUGUGGUAAACCGAAUCAAUAUUUACAUAAAUAGGUACUUGACGUAUUUACUUCAGAUGUUUGCCAUAGCGAUUUGAAUAAUCGAGGGUUAUUUACAAGAAAAACAUAUUAGAAACUAUAAUUUCACCUAAUUAUAAUAACAAUAUUACAAUUAAUAUAACUUACAAUCAGAAUAUUAAUAUCAUUAUUUAGAUAUUCGCGAAAUACUAAUUGGAAGUGACUUAUAAUAAUGUUUUGUAAUUUAUAUUUUUAAUUCUGAUUAAAUUGUACUGCAAGAGCUCUAUUAGUCUUAUUAAAAUGUACCUAUAUUUUCCUUUCAUCGGAAGACACCUUUUCGAUAGUUUAAAAUGCUCCGAUUUUUCAAUGCUGUACUUUAGAAAAUGCGUGUUUUUUACUUGACGAUGCUUUGAACAAUUUUUAAAAAUUCUCAAUACUUUUUCUUUUUUGAAAACAUUAAGGCCUCCAAGUUUUUCACAUUAUAUUUUAUCAUAAGAUACUGAAUUUUUCUCCUGUGAUACGUUAUUUGUAGAUUUUAUUACCGACAAAAAUAUCAUUAAAAAGUAUUCUUAAAAAAAUUAGACAACCAAUAACGAUAUAACGAUGUUGUUUUUGUUAUUUUCUGCCUUCCACGGCUACAAAAUAAAAACACAAUUCAUUUAUACCACAUUAUACCAAUACUAUUCCGCUCAGAAACGUUUUUUAAUUUCAACGAUCUAUCGUUGCUUUCAGUAUAUGAAAUCAAUAUAAUACCCUAUAAUAUCCUAUACCUUCCAAGUUCUCCCUUACAGUGUCCACAGUGCGAAGCAUAUCAUGUUAUUUUCUAACAUGGUAGAUUUAAUAGUAUUUUAUUUUUAUAAUCCUGUUUUUUAAGUUAUUGUGUGGUGCAAUUUUUGAUUUCUCGAGGGAUACAAUUUUGUUAUUGUGUAGCUCUUGUCGUACUGCUGCAUUGCUAUAUUCUACACGUGUACAAUUAUUAAUUUACUCAAAAUUUAAAAAACUAAAUAAUACAUUUUCAAACAUAUUAUUUAAAUAUCGUGAAUGGAAAACGAAUUGUUGCGAUAUUCCGAGUUUAUAUGUAUCAAUUUGAUGAUAAGUUAUUUUAAUUUAAACCGAUGAUAUGCCAUGUUCUUUAAAAUAAUAAUAAUAAUAAGAUAUGCCUAUAUAUACCUUAUUCUGUCAGACACGAAAAGUCUUUGUAAAGUCAAUGUAAACAUUUGUAUUUUUUCCAUCAUUAUUCGUCGUUUGACUGUUCCAAUUUUUAUAAUUUAAAAUGCAACUGAUAAUUGAAAAUAAUAUACAUAUUUAUAGGUACUUGCUAUGAUAGAAAUACAUAAAACGUGCAUUAUAUAUACACAUACAACUGUCAAUAUUGAGACAAAUUACUACGGGUCAAAUCGAUUCGCGAUAUCGCGUUCCAGAAACCAACCGCAUUUUGUACACGUGUACUGUGUACCUACAACUGUAGAUUUAACAGUAACCCUACAGAUUAAUUAAGUAAUAACAUUUCUAGUGUGAUUUUGUUUUAGGGAUUUUCCUGUGAAUUCUAUGUAUUAUAUUUAACUAGUGGUGAGUAUUGGCCUAAAUUAUAAACAGUCAAGCCGAUAUUGCAUUCUCAAUGUACGGAUGUUGAGAAUAUCAAACAGUUCAGAUAUCGGGUGUUUUUGCCAAACCGACAUUUUCGGAACAAACACAUCUAACGUAUGUUGUACAAUCAUUGGAGGCAUACGAAAAUCGUGCCUAAAUAAUCUCAUAUUUUACGUAAACUGCACUGGCCAAUUUCUUAUAGAGUGUGCGUAAAACGCGCUUUUAUUAUCGAUAGGAAAUAUGGUUGUCAAUUGCGCCGAAAAAAAUUUGGAAAUAACUUGUAUUUAUUGUAACUUUUAGUCACAAUUUACUACAUCGAGUUUGUGGUUGUUAACGAUAUUGUAACCUGUUGGCUGUUGUAACCUAUUAGUUUUAUUAACUUAUAAGUGGUUGUUUGGUUAUGAUUCACAAGUUUUAACAACGGAUUAACAAGAUAUGAACUGGACACGAAAUGGUAGGCGGGUGCCGGGUGAUAGUGACAGGAUUAGAAAUUUUGCCGCGGUUUGCUUUAUGAGUACGUGUUGGUUCCUAAUGGAUUACUUCAAGAACUAAAACAUCAUCUAGAAUAAAUUAUUUACGUCUCAAUAGCACUUAACUACUCUAUUGGUGGUAACAAUUUAAUAAUGAUUUGAAUAUAGUUUACGAACUAUUAUCCUUAAUAGAGUUUUAAAUAUUCUCCAUUAGGGCGUGUUACGUCGCAUAACGCGGACGGGAAAAAUUCUUAAAAAAAAAAAAAAAACAUUGAUUAUUAUUAUUUAUUUGCUAUUCAUUUUAGAUUGUGAUUUCUACUGUGACCGAUUCCAAUAUAAAAAUAAUGAAAACGAUGUAUUGAAUAUUUAAUCACAGCUUGGAGUGAAUUAUAGAGACAAGGAAAGGAGAAGUUGGAAGAAAACAUGCUGGACGGCCUGGUCGGCAUGGUCUUGGUUCUUUAUCCACGCUAGAAGAAGAAAAUCAAGAUAGUAUUUAUUGAAUUUGUUUUAUAAUACGAAUUAAACAAAAAGAUUUAAAAUGUUUACUUUCAACUUAAUUCGUUUUAAUUCCGAAUAAUAUGUUUAGUUUCGAUUCCGCGAUAAUCCAGUCGUAUUAAAAUUUACUCCGAACACACGUUUCCAGCGUCGGUUUUCAACCCGAUUGACAUUAUUCCACCGGGGGUCCGGGACAUAUAAUUUUUUAUUUAUAUAAAUGCGGUCGAUCGAUGUAUUUCAUUGAUUUGUGAAAAUCGACAAUAAUAUUUUACGCACUCGUUUAAUGUUUUUAGGUAGGUACUCGUCGCACAACAAAACAGUACUCACGACUCGUCAAUCGUGCAGUGAUUUCUCUCUCUCUCUCUCUCUCUCGUAUAUAAUGUUAUCGGUAAUGUUGUCCGUUAUCCAAAGGGGUUGAUGAAGAGGGAGAAGUCGCGCGACAUUAAAUCGCUUGUUCGACGAGGAUGAUAUUGUCCACGUUGUAUUAUUGUAUACGAGUACCUAUAGCCAAGUACACAUAGCAGAGUUAAGGAAGUUCAAUAACGCGAACAAUAUUAUGAAAUAUCAUGGCGUGUAAAUAACGAAUUUAUUAACAGACGGCGGCGGCGGCGGCGGUUUCGAGUAGAAUUUGCGGAAAAUAAUGCGCGCCGCCGCCGCGAUAACGCAUUAAUUUCAAAAGACGUUAUAUUAUGUUUAUACGGCGAUAAACCCAUAAGCCGGGCCGUUUUUGCUGCGGAGAGACGUAUUGUAUAUUGGACGUUUGCGUGGCGUUAACAAAUAGACGCUACGUCCUGAAAACGUAUACCUAAAAUUAUGGCGUUUAUGGAUAAUUGUAAAUUGUAUGUAAUACGCGUGUAUGCACCGCGCGCGGCAUUACAUUGCACACGCGCGCUGAAAUAUUAUUAUUAUUAUUAUUUGUACGCCACGGCACGACGUUCGUUACACAUUUCCGCGCGUUGAUUUUUUUACUAUCACUAUUAUUAUUAUUAUUAUUUAUUUUUUUCUCGUUAGCCCGCCUUUUAUAAUCUAUUACGAACACAUUCGUCGUCUUCUUCUUGACAGCUCAUAGCCGGCCGCUCGGUCGCGUCGCCGGCCCCUCCGUCGCCAUAUCUCUCCGUCGGCCCCUGUCAUACGCGCAACACGCGUGCGCGCAUUUUCCGUUUUUCCGUCCUGUUUUCGGACCUUCCGGGAAGGCGGAGGGGUCUGUGGCCUACGGUCUGUACAAUUGCGGUAUUCUUCCUGGCAAAUUAUUAUAUCCCUCGUCCGCCUGCAGUACGUCGCCGAACCACCGCAACCUCUUGCUUCUGCUUUAGGAUGCCGUGUCUCCCACAAAUAUUUUAUAAGUCAACAUUAUAAUAAUAAUGUACCUAUAUUAAUUGUCUUAUUUCGUAUGCCAUCUAACAGAAAAAAAAAAUUGAGUAUUAUACAUUUAUAGUGUAUAGCUACGACGUAUGCAGUGCGUGUUAUUUUGACCGUCAUUUUAGAUUCGGAGCGAAACGGGGCAUCUCUAUUGGUUUUUACUAUGUUGUGUGUUUUUUUUUUUCGAUCUGUCUGUAAACUUUUCGAACAGAAAACUCACCCCGAUGGAAAUAUCACCCGAGACCUUUUUUAUUGCAUUUCGGAUCUAGUUGGUGUAUUAAAGAGGUAGUUUUUUUGAUUUUCCGGAACAAAUCGGUUUCCCUUAGCAACGCAUUAUCGUUUCCUAUAGAUAUAAAUUGAAUAGAUUUAUGCAUUAUACCUUUCCAACUUUCCAUCUUUAACAGUUUUUUUUUUUUUUUUAAUUUUUAAAAAUACUACUUUAAUCAUGAAUAUUAGCUGCUGCCUCAUUCGAGUAAAUUGAAAAUCGAUACGCUCUUGCUGAUGUUAAUGUGGCUUAAACUAUAAAAUGUCUUCGAAUAAUACACAUACUACUUGAUUAAUACCCUGUUUAGUGUGAACAUUAUUGCGAACAAAAUAUUUCACGAUUAUCUGCACACAAUGAGUCAUAAUAUUAUGUUCUUGAGUAUCGUUUAUAUUUUCGAGUCGAUCAAUUGCGUUUGUUUUUUUCAAAAAUCGUCUAUACACGGGUAACCGUGACAUCCUUUUUUUUUUUUUUUUGUAAUACCGUCGUCAUUUUAUACAUUGGCCUUACGCCGUUAUUGACAGAUUAGUGUAUACGUAUUGUACAGAAAUCUCAUGGAUUAUCAGGACUUGUCGGUUUAGACCGUUUUCCCAUACUUAUUAAUACUGAUUAUCAGUGGCGCGCACUACACGAUUAAAUCGGGACAUAGCAAACGUUGAAUGACCAUAACACAUUCGUUCAGUUGAUAUGCUAUAAUAAUUAUUAAUUUAUACGAUUGAUUGCUCUAUCAUUCUAUCGUUCUGUUCUAACGUAUACCACAAGUAUUAUAUUGAGGCCACCGGUCACCAUCAUUCGCCCACGUAAAAUUCUUACUUCAGUGUUAUAGGAGCUGCCGACCUCCAGAGCCCUCCAGUCUAUUGCCUAUUAUUAUUAUUUAUUACCGAAUUUUAUACAUUAUUGUCUAUUGUACACGCGUGAUAUCAAUUGACCAAAAAAAAUAAUGAUUUUCACUUUUCUCCGCCGAUAUACGCAUCGUGUCAUGACGUCGGUGAAAUAAGGACGUAUUGUGCGUUACAGAUAUAGCGCAGGUAUAAAUCACACCGCACGCGGACAUACAACGCGACCCGCAGUUAAAAAAAAAAAAAUAAUAACGAGAAAAAACGUCGCUCGCGGAAAACCCGAAAUUCGCGGGUCGUAAGCUAUUCGAAAUUGACAAAACGUACAAAUGAACGGCGUUCUAUUUUCCGUCACACACGCGGUGCGAAAUCGCGAAAACCAUCGCCUAUCGUUUUUUUUUUAUUUUUUAUUUUAUUUUUUUUUUUUGUUUUCCUCGCGCGUAUCAUCACCGUUCUGACGACGACGAUGUUUGUAUAUUGUGCCGACGUAAAACCCCCUUCAAGAAUAUAUAUAUAGAAAUAAUGAUAACUCGGAAACGACCGUAACGUCUUUUUAAAAAUCCGAAUUUCCCUAUACACAAAAGGAUUUAAUGUAUAUGCGUCAUUGGGUUACUCUCGCGCGUGUCACACGGCCCGUUACGUGGAUCCUAUUUAUUUAUUUUUUUAUUUUUUUUUUUCAUAUAAUACAUAGAAAUUCGAUUAUUUCAUCCGGAGCGUAUAACGAGAUUUUGUUUUUUUCCCCCCAAACGUGACAUUUUGUACUCUAAUCGUUAUUGGUGUUUUUGUUUUUUUGUUUUUCAGGUGACAAAAUGGGAUACGGAACCGUACAACGACAAUACGAUAACGAUUACCACAUCAAACGCUAAAAUAUCAAACAGAAAAUAAUUUUCAAUCGCAUUUGAUUAAAUCUUGUUCCGAUCAUCGAUUUCGUAGGUGGUUUCCGGUGAAAAAUUCUGUCUAGUCGAUGCACCUGGGAAAAUUUUUUUGGUUUGUCUAGUAGUUUCCUUAAUAAUGAGUAAAAUCUUCCGAGAAAUUCGGGGAUAUUUACGCAAUAUUAACGGUUUCUGUAGUUGUCAGUAUUUUUUUUUUUUUGUUAUUGUAAUUCAGUUAAAUUUAAUCGCAGAGACGUAGAAUUUUCACCAAAUAAUUGUACACAAAAUAGCACUUUAUAAACUAUUAAGCAACUUUAAAAACAU